UUAUUAUAUAAGUUGUAAUAUUGAAGCUUUGUUUGGUGUCGAUAAUGGAGGCAUUGUCGUUGAAUCUGAUUUUGGAGCCCAAAAUUUAGGCCUUCUUUCUUUGCGGAUGGAUCCGGAAAAAGAAAAUCGAAGACUUGGUGAUUUAUCAAAUGAAGACAAUUUCCAAAACUUAACGCCAAUAAAAGCAGCGCUACUCAACAACUUAGAAACCGCCCUCGUCAACUCGGUCACACAAGACGACAGGAAUCUCUUCUUGACUCACUCGCGUCAACUCGUCUACGACUUGGAUGACGAUCCUUCGAACCGAAGAGGCUUGGCAUUGAAGCUUCUCCUUCUCUGCUGUUACUUCGACGCUAUCGAAUGCACCACGUCGCUGCUCAACGGAGAAGUCGGAACCGACUUUAUCCCUCUGGUAAAUGGGGUUGACACGGAGACGAAAACGACGGCUUUGCAGGCUGCGGCGGAGGCUCACUCGGCGCGUUGUUUGAAGUUGCUGCUAAAGAAACGCGCCCGUACAGAGACGAGGAGUAAAGAUGGACGAAGUCUGCUUGCUCUGGAAAUGGCAUUGUCUAGUAGCAGGUAAAAAAAUUGAAAAUAAAGGAAAAUAAAAUGUUUUUUCCUGUUUCUAAAGAGGCAAAAUCUGUGUGGUAUUUUGAGGAAGACUGCUAAGUAAUGGCCCUUUUUGGAAAUGUUGCUUUUUCUAUUCUGGGUUCAUCGUAUUUUCUUAUCUAUUAUUAUUUUCUUUUUGGUAAUUAACAAAAA